AUGACGGUGGUCGACGCCGAGGCCCGGUUCCACGUCCUGGCGGUGGACGACAGCGUCAUCGACCGGAAGCUCAUCGAGAUGCUGCUCAGGACCUCCUCCUACCAAGGUGCGCAACCUCAUCCAGAUUGCUCCUCCCUCCGUCCAAAAUUUCCUCUUCUUUGUUGCUGCUGCUCCUUCCCAACUCUCACGGACGGACUCUGUUCUUCUUGGGGGCCGGCGCGUGCAGUCACCAUGGUGGACUCCGGGAGCAAGGCGCUGGAGGUCCUGGGACUGAGAGACGAGGGCGACGACGACUCCUCAUCCCCUUCCUCCUCCGCCCCUGACCACCAUCAGGAGGUGGGCGUGAAUUUGAUCAUCACAGACUACUGCAUGCCUGGCAUGACAGGAUACGAUCUGCUGAGGAGGGUCAAGGGGUCAUCUUCAUUGAAGGACAUUCCAGUGGUGAUCAUGUCGUCUGAGAAUGUGCCUGCCAGGAUCAGCAGGUGCUUGGAGGACGGCGCGGAGGAGUUCUUCCUCAAGCCCGUGAAGCUGGCUGACAUGAAGAAGCUCAAGUCCCACCUGGUCCGGCGGAAGCAGCCCCAGCUCCAGCCGCAGCCACAAGAGAAGCCACAAGCAAAGUCACAGCAGCAGCAGCCAAAUAAACCACAGGCAGAGCAGCAGCUGCCGAAGAAGGCAGAGCAAGCGCCAGCCGAGCCGACGGAGGAAGUGGCGGCCAAAGUGAGCAGCACCGGAAUGACGAGUGACUGCGGCGGCGGCAGCAGGAAGCGGAAGGCGGUGAUGAUGGAGCAGGACGGGACGAGCGCGAGCCUCUCCAGCGGCGGCAGCGGCCUGGCGGUGGAGACUUGA